GUUCCCUUACAGCUGAAGGGCAGCUUGAGAGAGCAAUGGGGUGGGCCUGUGGCGGCCCAAAUUCCAGUGCAACUGGAAAUGGUUCAAGCAAGACUUCUGGAUUUCCUCCUGAAUUUCAUGACCGUCUCACGAGGCGGCGACAACUACUUUGGCAAGGUAGAGAAAAGGCAUCGGAUAUUAUAAAAAUUUGUAUGUCACGAGAUGGCCUUUUCAGGUCUCCGGGAGAGAUCUACCCGGCCAGGUCUGGUGGUGAUUGUAGAACGUGGCAGCAAGCUUACUUGAAUGCACUAAAAAGAUUGGAUAUCACUUACCACUCUUUUGCUCGCACUGAACAAGAAUGGAAGCUUGCACAGAGCACAAUGGAAACUGCUUCCAGUGGAUUGUCUUCUGCAACCAACGAACUUAAUAUUGCAUCUCUCAAAGCAAAGUCAGCUUCAGGUGAUUUACAGAGCACGGUUCUUGCUAUGAGGGAUUGUGCAUGUGAAGCCAGUGUCGCACUGAUGGCAUAUGCUGGUGUUUCAAAUUGUCAUUCUACUUUAACUUCUGAAUGCGGUUUUAUGCUUGAAGAGGUCCUUGCAAUAACUGAAGAUCUACAUGAUGUUCACAGUCUAGGAAAGGAGGCUGCUGCAGUUCAUCGUUCUCUUGUGGAAGACCUUUCAAAGGCAAAUGCAAUUCUUUUUCCACUGGAAACAGUAUUGUCCAAAGAUGUAGCUGCUAUGACUGAUGCUAUAUGUAGGGAAAGAGAGACCAAGAUGGAAAUAUCUCUGAUUCAUGGACAAGCCAUAUACCAGUCCUAUUCUUUAAAAAUCAGGGAGGCUUGCCAGACCUUAGAUCCCUUGGUGCCCUCACUUACUUCAUCUGUGAAGGGGCUCUAUUCUAUGUUGACCAGGCCUGCAUGAACUACAAGUCUCCAUGCUGGGAAUCUUCAUAAAGCUCUUGAAGGACUAGGAGAAAGCCAGGAAGUAGAAUCGCCAGUAACUGAUGUAUCAAGGCCAGAUCUUGCUGCUGAUGCUGCUGGGUUUGAUGACAAGGAGAGAGAGAACCUCUCCAUGUCAAAUGGUGAGAGCACCAAAGAUUUUGUUGGCAUUGGACUUCCUUUGGAAGGUAAAGGAUGGUUAUCUCCACCAGACAGUAUCUGCAGUAGUAGUACAGAUUCUGGCAUUACCUUGCCUGAACUGAGUCCUCCAGGUAGCUUCAAUGAUCAAGAAGAUAUAAAGCAACAGCUUUUGCACGGACCUAGUAGCAGAGAUGCGAUAGAUUUUCAAAAUACCACCCUUUACUCUCAAGCUGAUAGCCAAGAAAUUUUGGAUUCUCCGCACAGAUCAAAAUUUACAGACGCAGAUAACACUCAUAUUGGUUCUUUCAAGUCAGCACCUAGUGACGUAAAUGAAUAUCCACCGGCUCCAGCAUCACCAAGUGAUGAACCUGUCGGUGUGUCCUGAUACUUCACGUCCUUCAAAUGAGAACAGAGAGGUGGUGUUUGAGGGUAAAGAUGAAAUAUCCUCACUGAACAAGGUUAUAAUUAAGGAUGAAACUCGUGAUGCUACAUAUGCUUAUAGUCAAGUGGGCAGGGGUAAGCAUGCU